AUGUCUUUCGACCCCGGCAACAUCUCGAAAGCCGAUGCAGCUGCCUAUUCUUCCUCUGAUUCAGACAUCGACGACGACCGCCUGGACGCACCCUCCGCCGACCCCCGGUCCGAUUAUCUUGAUGAUUUCAAGCCACGCAAACGUCGCAGGGUUGGAGGUAAUGCCAAGGAGAGCGCUGCUUUGGGCAUUUUCGGCUCCGACAGCGAGGGCGAAGGAUCAAGUCGCGGGCGGAACGGCAAAAAGAAUUUGAGAUUUCAGAACAUGAGUUUUGUUUCUGCUGGUCGCCAGAAGCCUGAUGCCGAGGAAGAGGAUGACGAAGACGAGGAUCAAGACCUGGUCGAAGAUCUCGAGUACGCCGAGCCUGCUCGGUUUGGUCUGGGAAGCAAAGCUACCGCUGCUCCCGGCGAACAAGGAUAUAACGACGACGACGACGACGACGACUAUGAUGAUGAUGAAACAACUACAGCUGGUAUUGGGCUCGGUUUCAAAUCUGCUGCCGGAGGACUAGGCUGGGGAACACCGACACAGACGAGAGCCCCCAUGUCCUUCACAAAAAGUAGCGACACACAGUCUCAAUCAGCAGUUAAUUCAUACAAUGCGAGCGCACCCUUAGGGAGUGGCUUUGUGCCCUCUUCUGCAAGGGAGCCCAUGCUCAAGCCCGAGUUUCGCGAUGCACCAAACACACCAAAGCAGGCACCGAAACCGAGCGUCUUUAGCAAAGGGGCUGGUGGAGGCGGCGCAAAGAUGAGCUUCGCCCAAAGAAUGAUGGAAAAGAUGGGCUACAAGGAGGGACAAGGUCUAGGUGCUGAAGGGCAGGGCAGAGAUGUCAUCAUCGAGGCUGUUUUACGACCUCAAGGUGUCGGUUUGGGUGCCGUCAAGGAGAAGUCAAAGCAAGAACGAGAUUUGGAAAGGCGACAGGCACGAGAACGCGGAGAAGAAGUGAUCGACUCGGACGACGAGGAGAGGAAGAAAAAGAAGCUGCGCGAGAGGAGGAAAAAGGGCCUCGAAAGUGGUUCGGCGAGUGGUAGUAGCACACCCAAGCGACCAAAAACCAGGUACCUCACCGUCAACGACAUCAAGAAGGCUGCUCCUGGAUUACAUAUACCUGACGCAUUUGCUCCUAUCCUGGACAUGACCGGGCCAGGGAAGAAACUGCUCACACCCGGAUCUGGCCUCAUGACACCGAACGCCGGCACUGGUACAGAAGUCGCUGAAAUCACCGAAGCACGAAAGCUGGCUGGCCGAGCUCAACGCGAUCUCAGUGCGUUCGUUGACGAAUGGAAAACACUGGAAGAGAGGAAAGCCUGGCUGGACAUGGAGGGCUACCAACGUCAACAAGAACUGGAUGAGUUCCAAGGUGACUUUGAGAAGAUGCAAAUUGUGGCUUCGACUCUGGACGAAAUCUCCCGGGCAGCAACACAAAGAGAGUGGGAUCCCGUCAUUGUUGGCCUGAGACGAAUUGAAGCAUCUGGAGCCAUCGAUGAGGACCUGUCAGCUGUAGCAGUCGGCGCAAUCCAUCCAUUCUUGCGAGAUGCGGUACAGGGGUGGCAACCCCUCGAAGAUGCCAAGCUAGGCAACUUUGCUGACGACCUGACUUCUGUUCAAGGAGUUUUGUGUUUGAAGAGCACGAAGGCGUCAACUAACGCUGUUACGAAAUGGGAUCAGGACCUGGACAGUACACAUCGGCAACACCAAAAAUCAACUACACCGUACGAAAGCAUGGUGUACAAGGUUCUAUUUCCGAAGUUGGUCACAACGAUUGCACAACAGUGGGACGUGCAUGAUCCCACACGUCUAUUAAGCGUAUUCGACAGAUGGGAACCUCUCUUUCCCAGUUUUGUUCGUGCGCAGCUUAUUGAACAACUGGUCCGACGACUUGACGAAGCCAUCAGUAGUUGGAAGCCGAAGAGCAAACAAAGGCACAACCUGCCACAUGCUUGGCUAUUCCCGUGGCUACAGCACCUCCCACCUUAUCAUCUAGAGCCUCGAGGAACUGGCAUUGUCGCUGACGUCCGUCGAAAGUUCCAGAAGCUCAUUCGAGACUGGCAAUUUGAUCGUGGAGUUAUACCAGGGUUAUCACAAUGGAAAGAUGUUUUCCGGCCAUCGAAAUCACAAGACCAAUGGAAGCCUCUUGUUAUGCACCACAUCCUGCCCAGUAUGGCCAAGUAUCUUCGUGUCAACUUCCGGGUUGAUCCAGCGGAUCAGGAGCCCUAUCUACCCAUGCUCAACGGAGUGCUAAAAUGGAGCGACAUCUUGGCUCCUUCAAUGAUCGCCGAGGUCAUCGUUGCUGAGGUUUUUCCCAUGUGGCAAGAUGUCCUUCACCAAUGGCUUACAAGUGAUGACGCCAACUACGAAGAGAUUGGUGCAUGGUUUGAGUGGUGGCAAGAGACAGCACUUGCGGAACUUUCUGGUUCGGAAAGCGUGGCUGCCGAGUUCAAACGCGGAACGGAAAUGAUCUCAAAAGCGUUGGAUCUUGGUGAUGCAGCCAAGCAGCUCCCCAAGCCCGACGGUCAGCCUGCUCAUCGACCAAAACCACGCUCCACGCAAUCUAUUGGUGUGCCUGUGGUUCCCAUCGCCAGUCCUGUAACUGACUUUGUUGAGAAGUCAUUUCGCGAAGAGGUCGAGGAUUGGUGCAACGAGAACGAUCUUCGAUUUAUUCCUACUCAUAAGACUACAAGCUUUGGUCAGAAGUACUACCGUCUUACUGCCCGUAUGGAUGGCAAGGGAGGCGUCCUGGCCUUUUUCGAGAAGGGUGCAGAUAUCUUGGUUGCUGAAGGUCGAAAACAGGUGUUUGAGCUCAAGCGAGACCAGAAGGAUGAUCAGAACCAGGUUACUGAAUGGUUCAUGCUACUUGCUCAUCUUGAAAACGAGAAUAGAUAA